UGGAAGCGAGAUCCAUCGUAUAAAUGAGGCUAUUCUAAGAAGUGGUUCGAGAAAGACAUGGAUGUGUUGAGAGACAAUUUUAUAGACAUUUUGCCGGUCGUAACAGAUGCAAUCAAUGAGUCUGACUUCAUUGCAAUUGAUGGAGAAUUUACUGGUAUUGGAAAAGGAUUGCCAUCUAAAGUUUUGUUUGACACACCAGCACAAAGAUAUUCCAGACUAAAGACUGACUUAUCAGGUAUAAUCAUCAUUCAAUAUGGAAUCUGCUCAUUUAAAUGGAAUGAAGAAACAAAAUGUUAUGAUGCCAAACCAUUUAACUUCUACAUAUUUCCAAGACCAUACAAAGGGAAAGAGCCAUUUUUCAGCUGUCAGAGUUCAAGUCUUGAGUUCUUGGCAGGGCAAAACUUCGACUUCAAUAAACUGAUAAGAAAUGGCUUAUCCUACAUGCCACCGUCACAAGAAGCAUCCCAGAGGGGAAAAAUUGAGCAACUUUAUGCGAAGAAUGACCUGCAAACCGCUCCAGAAACAAGGGAAGAUAACAAGGCUGGCCUUAAAUCGCCGCUUUUUAUUCCUUCGACGAUGAAAGAGUUUGUUGAUGAAAUUUGCUCAAAAAUCGAAACAUUCAUCCAAUCAGAGGAGCUGUCCUUAGAUCUUCCAAAAGUGAGUGCAUUUAAAAGAAAGCUGACAUAUGAGGUUAUUGAAGACAGGUUUGCUUCUAAGUUUUAUGUGGAAACAGUUCAAUUAAAUAAGAAUGAUAAGCAGAUGAGACUUCGAAAAGUUGACGAAGAAGAAAGAAAAAAACUGCUGUCCAGCAAAAACGCAGAAAAAAUGGCUGAAUUUGAGACUGCUGUUGGUUUUCUCACGAUUGCAAAGCUUCUCUCACGCUCACAAAAAUUAAUUGUUGGGCAUAACAUGCUCAUCGACCUGAUGCUCACAAUAAACCAGUUUUUUACUCCUCUACCUGAUUCUUAUGAUGACUUUAAGGAGAUCGUUCAAACGUUUUUCCCAAAGCUUAUUGACACCAAGCUGCUUGCGACGUCAGAACCACUAAAGAAAAAGGUACCGACGUCGGCACUAGAUCCUUUAUUUGCAUUUUUAAAAGAUAAUUUCAAGGAACCAGAAAUAGGCUUUGAGGAUGGUUUUGGAGAAUACAGUGAGGGCAAUGACAAAUUUCACGAAGCUGGAUAUGACGCUUACUGCACUGGGUUUUCUUUUUUGAAGAUGGCUUCACAUCUAUGUAAACUUCAACAACCAGAAGAUGAAUUGAGAGAAAUCAACCUCAACGCUGAAAUACUAAAUCCAUUUAUCAACAGAGUUUUUGUCAUGCGAAUCAACGAUCUCACUUAUUUGACAAUGGAUGCCCCCGAUGAUAUUCCUGAGAGAAAACACGUGUUUCACCUUCAGUUUCCUAAUAAUUGGAAGUAUGCAGAUGUUAAUGAACUUUUUAGCCAGUUCGGAAAUGUUUACACAGCGUUUCUCGAUGAUACCACUGCAUAUGUAUCCUUGGACAAGCCGGAAAAUGCGGAUGAAGUGAUAAGAAAACUUGUGGUUCAGAAAAAUAGUGGUCCCUGCAGGGUGAUAACAUACAAACAAUCCGUUGGGUUAGAUCCUCUUGACAAAUACGACAAAGCCGAAUUCCUGGCAAUUCAAGAAGCAGAUUGCAAUGGGGAGAAAGAUAAGAGAAGGACAAAGCGAAAAUUCGAAGACACUUUAGAAGAGGGUGAAGUGGUAAGCAGCCCAGAGGCAACCGCGCCAGUGGAUGAAGUAACUCCGUCUAAUAAUGCUGAUGCUUGUGCAGAAGUGCCAAAAAAGAAGAAGCCUUCAGAAGCAAAAGAGUUUUAUGAGCCAGAUGACUGGUAAUUAAGAAAAUGUAAAUUCAUUUUCCAGAUUCACAUUUCAGACAGUGGAAAUUGUGAUCUCAAAAGUGCCAAUGGAUGUCUCAAGAUGUUGUGACAGCCAGUGAGAAGAAGCCGGCGGCAGAUCACUAUUCAGUUCCAAAUUUUUAAAACUUAGUAUGAGGUUGUUUUAUAGAGAUCGUCUAGAUAAGGUUUGCAAGAGAAAACGUUUUUAUAUUUACUUGAAUACAGAGAUAAACAGUUGAUUUUACGUCAAUCUGGAUACGUAAAAAAGAUACUAAACAGCUCUCUGGGUUUUUACUUUUUUAUGAAACCUAUCAGGAGCUUGCAGUAUGGGAUGCUGUUUAUGAUGCAAUUUGCAAACAUGUUAUCUUCAGUUUUGAAAGACUGAGCACAACAGCUUAAGAUUCCCUAAUCAGCCAUAAGACGAUUAUGGGCGGCUCUCCUUUAUAAGGUCUUGUAGAUUUGUCUCACUUUGUCAUACUGCUGUAAGAUAUGCAUUGCUCUUGUGGCACCACAAGCACUUAAUUCAUUACUUGUUUCGUACUUUUGUAUGUAAGUAAUUUUUAGCAGUAAAAGCUGAUGUUUA